UCGAUCCUUCCAUAUUCCAAACAUUGUUUAGUUUGGGCAAAUAAAACUCUAAAUCUUUACAUUGAUUUCAUCCAAACUUCCAUGCUUUUCUCGUCGACACCGUUUCUCUUAUGAUUUAAAUACAGUCCUAGUAAAGCUUGUAGCUCUUGAGAGGAUUACACUCACACGUUACAACAAUGGCAACCAAGAGUCGUAGCUACCAAAUAUCAGCAAUCCCAGCUACAAUAUUUGGGCAUUUGCUAGCUAUAGCCAUAACAAUCCUGGUUCUUGUUUGGAUCCUAAAGUUCCGCGGUGGCUUCGCUCUCGAAACCCUCAUCAAAGAGAAAAUUAUAAAUGUUCAUACGUUUCUAAUGGUGGUUGGGUUUAUAUUGAUCGGUGGAGAAGCAAUCAUGGCAUACAAGACAGUCCAAGGGGAAAGGAACACGCAAAAAGGGGCGCACCUGAUAUUGCAUCUUCUAGCUCUGGUGGCUAUAAUUUUUGGGUUUUACUGUGCCAUCAAGUUUGAUCACGAAUCCGGAGUUCAACAUUUUCUUACCUUACAUUCCUGGCUCGGCAUAAUCACCAUCUCGUUAUUUGGUCUUCAGUACUUGUUUGGCUUCGUGCUGUAUGUGUUUCCGGGUGGCGACAAGUCGUCGAGGGGAAAUUUUAUGCCAUGGCACACAUUUUUCGGGAUGGUGGUAUUUCUGCUAGCAGUGUGCACGGCUGAGACAGGGUUGCUGGAGAGGUUCCUUUUCUUGGGCGUAAUAAAAAUGAAUGAACAAGUACUGAUAGUCAACUUCAUUGGCCUUUUGCUCUUUCUCUUUGCAGCCACCGUCAGCCUCACCGCCCUCCUCCCUGGGCCUUACUAAUUGAUCAUACCAAUUAUUCAUCUUUACCUGAGUAUUUUCUCUUGUCAAUAUGUUGUUUUGAGACGAAUUAGUUUUGUUGUGUUUUUUUUUAUACAACGUUAUAUUUACGCUAAGAAGUGGAAAAUAACAAUGAGUAGUAGUGUUAGGGCUCAUUGGAAAUGUUUUUAAAAUAAUUGAAAGCGCUUUCAGUUAUUUUAAAAGUACUUCUAAAUGAGCCCUUAAAUAUUAGUUCAUUACCACAUUCAUAAAAAUUUGUUGAGCCAUAUGGCUAGCCUAUUUGUAUACUUAAAUUAAUAAAGCA